AUGCCCGCCUUCCAGCCGCCGAAAAUGACAUACGAGAAAAACAAGGCCUGGAGACGAAUAGCUAAGCCGGACUUUCACGAUCCAAAGAUGAUAUGGGGUGACUACUGGCGGCGGUUCAAUACGAUCGCAGUCCCACUCCUCGAUGAGGACGCCUAUUUUGCCGACAUCAUUGCUGCUGCAAAACACGCCGAGAAUCGUGGACACCUCGAGGAACUUCUCGCUGCGAAACACGAAGAGCGCCGCCGAGAUCUCGACAAUUUCAUCCGCGACAUCGCCCUUUCAUCCAUCACCUCCCAACAGCACUUCUUGUCUACAAAUACUCGCGAUGCGGCGCUCAAAAUCGGCCAGACUGGCAGUAUGGAUAGCUUCAUACAGUUCGUGUGUGGCGUUAUCUUCGGUUGGAGUAGGGCCGAGGAUAAGCAGCUGAUGCGCGUCACCACCGCCGGUGAUACUAGCACGGUUGGAAAUGGACCCGAUGCUCGAUACGAUGGCGAUGCGCGAGAUGAUAUUUCCGAAGAUGGAGGCGAUCCAUGGGAAUACGAGAACACAUUCCCCCCCGAGUUGUGCUCCUCACCUGGCUCGGACGAACAAGUGGACAACCCGUGGAGUCAGACUUUGCAGAGAGGAAUAAUUUGUCACGAUACGGACAAGACAACUUCGGAGCACCAAUCUCAGCCAUUAUCAUCCAUGGGU